AUGCCUGAAGAAACAGAAAAUAACGAUGAGAUGUCGGAUUCGAAUAGCCAUUCCUCCUCUGAUCCAGAUGAGCCCAAAGGGAAGCUUCGAAAAUGGUGGGAUGCAGUGAAGCAGAAAGUCCAGGACAAUCCCUACGAGGAUAUCCGUCCAGAAACAGGCCUUUUGGUGGACGUAAAGGACAUUUUAGACGAGCUCAACAUUCUAAGAACUUUAGUUCAGGAUCAACAGCAUGUGUACAACCUUUGGAAGGGCACCAAGCACGAUUCCAAGGCUAACCAUUUCCCUCAUAUGACGGAAAGGCAAGAAGACCUCAGAUCCAUGGUGGAUGAUGUUACGAGUAUUCAAGAUGCCAUCAAAUCGCUAUUGGACCUGAAGCAAAAGGAGGCCACUAUCAUCGAAGCACAGACAACACGCAGACAGAGUGACAGUGUCAUGGUCUUUACGGUAGUUACAAUCGUGUUUGUGAGUUUGACUCUUUCUCCCAGCUCUCUGCUCAUAUAG